AAUGUCAUAGAGGACAUCAAAAGUCAAAUUGAACAACAGUGCAAUAGAUUUGAGACAUAUUUGAGAAAAAUAAUACAAUUAAAUAGCACGAAGAUGGUCAAGAAGAUUUUGAUGAUCUGUUUAGGUAAUAUUUGCCGUUCUCCCAUUGCCGAGGCGGUAAUGAUUGACACAAUCGAAAAAGCCGGCGCCUCCGCUGAUUGGAAAGUGGAUUCUGCUGCAAUUGGCGAUUGGCAUCGUGGCAGUCCACCUGAUCAUCGAGCAUUGAGCACAAUGAAAAAACAUGAUUUACCCUACAACAAUCGAGCCCGUCAAAUAAAGAAGCAAGAUUUUCAUGAUUUUGACUACAUUUUCGGCAUGGAUGAGGAAAAUAUGGGUGAUUUGCGUUCGCUAGCGCCAGCGAAUUCCAAAGCUAAGUUGCUAAUGUUAGGUGAUUUCGGGCUGGAUAAAAGUGAUCGCAUCAUCGUGGAUCCUUACUAUCAACGAGGCGAUGCUGGUUUCGAAAAAGCUUAUCAGCAAUGCGUUAAAGCGUGUGCGGCGUUUUUCGAACAAGCUGUGGCUGGCAAUACUUGUCGUUCACCAAUGGCGGAAAGCGUCAUGAAGCACUGGGUACAAGAAUACGAUCUCAGCUGAGAAGUGGACAGCGCUGGCCUGAGAACGUGGAAUGUAGGUCGUAAGCCAGAUGAUCGCUGUAUCAAGGUACUGGCAGAGAAUAGCCUUACAACAGAUCAUGUGGGAAGACAGAUUACCAUAAUGGACUUCUACAACAAUGACUAUAUUCUCGCCAUGGAUGAGCAUAAUUUGCAUGAGCUAGAAACCCUUGCGAAGGAUUCCAGCCAACAGCGUUGCGCAAAAGUCGAAUUACUGGGAAAGUAUAUUGACCGUCCUGAAGACCAAAUUAUACGUGAUCCCUAUUUUGUGAGUUAUUUCAAUUAAAUUUGAAAAUACUUUUAUUACAGAGGUAAACCUUUUUCUCAAUCCCAAUUUCAGUGCAAUUCAAUAGGUGGCUUUCGAUGCGCUUUUCUGCAAAUAACCGAAAGCUGCCAAAAUUUCAUAGCGGAACACAUGUAUACUGAUUAGAAACACUUUGGAAAUAUUUAAAAUUGUAA